UCAGAAUUGCUUUAAAUGAGAAAUAAAAGUUCCAAAAUGACUAAAAUAAAAAAGCUUGUAAAAGUUUUAGAUUUAGCUAAUUAAUAAAAAUUAGCAAAUGUUUCAUUUUGAAUAUUGUGGGUUAGAAUUUGAAAUUAAAUUUGUUAAUUGGAAAUUAUGUCAAUUUAACUUAUUGGAUUAUUCUUAUUCAUAACAAUUUUUAUAUGUUUAUUCAAAUAAAAUUAUAAACCCAAGCAAAAUACACUAAUGGUUGUUGACUUGGUCAAAGUCACAAUUUUACUUUGCAAACUAAUAUACGAGUAUCAUGAAUAUUUUCGUAAAUCACUUAUUUUAAUUUUAAUAGAUUUAAUGACAAACAUGGAUGACUUAUUUUAAUCAUAGUAGAUUUAACGAAAAACGUGAGAAAAUGGAACCACAUAAAGUCGAAAGGAGUUAUAGAAAGACUUGGGGAGCAAGGCUACUCAUCUUAGUUAUAUGGAUCCAUUCGUUGAUAAGCAAAAAUAUUAAAAUAAAUAUGACUCGGGAAAAAGAGAACCACAUAAAGGGAAAAGUAGAUAUGGAAAGACUUGAGGAACAAGGCUAUUCAUCUUAUAUUAAAUGGAGUCAUUACCAAAGUUUCAACUAGAGAUUUUUGCAUUACUAGAAGAAAAAAAAACACACUAUGAGUUCUCUACUUCUCAGCCGUCUCUCUAGGCUCUGUCUGAGGAAACCACCUGAGCUAGGAGUUAGACACCUCGUUGGUGCUCGUUUCUUGUCGGAAACCCCUCUAUGUCACAUCUACGGUGCUGAACAUUGUGGAGAGAAUUGGGUUGACGGGGAUAUCGGUAGACUCAUGAUUACAGAUUUUUCUGGGCCAAGCUGUUGGACUAGGGUUUUGGAAAAGACGGUGCCCAUGUACAUGAUGGCAGAAACGGGAACGAUGGGAGCAUCACAUGGCUGGGUACUUACUUCGAAAUACGGCCCGUAUCUUUCAGAUGAUCUCAACCCUGGAGUGUCGGAAUCAGACUUUUCGGGAAUCGUACUGCCUGAUUUUGAAACCCUGCCUCAUUGUCAAACCGAACUGGUAACAAACGUGGCCAUGUCAUCCUCUUCUCCUGAUGACGAAGACUGCAUCUUGGCCGUCAAAUUCGUUGGACCUCAGCUCAGCCUAUGUAGGCCUGCUGAAAAGAAUAAAAAGUGGGUCAACAUCAGAAUCGAAGACCCGGCCUUCUUCAACUCCCGAGUCAUGUAUACAAAGAGAGAUAAAAAGUUUGCCAUGCCCGCUUAUGGGGGCACACACGUUGGAUACUGGGAUCUUGGAGAAAACUUGGAGAAACCAAAGCUGUGUAGAAGAGGCCUUUACACUCCUCAGUUGUUGCAGUCAGAAUGGGAAGAAUUAGAUUUGUGUUGCACGGUCGAAGAGUUGGUGGAGUCACGAUCGACGCAAGAAAUGUUUAUGAUUAAGCGGUUCAGAAAGAGAAAUAACAACAAGGGAGGGAGGAUGGAAGAGCAUCAAAUCUGGGUGUUCAAGCAAGGUCUUAACAGAUGUAACCCACUGCAAUGGUGCUACACUACUGACAUUGGAGAUCUCUGCAUUUUCCUCUCCAAGUCUGAACCUUUCUGCCUCAAGGCUAGCUCGCACCAGAAAUGCCAAAAUUCAAUCUAUUUCAUUGAUAAAAGCGAACGCGGAAUAUUCACUCUCGGGGGUAAGUGUAAGACAAGUAACUUCUCCAAUUUCACUGCCCCUUACUUCAUUCCACCUCAAUCUUACCUCAAUGCUAAUCGUAGCAAUCCAUCGAAUUCUCCCUAAGCUUGCUUGCUUGCUUGCAUAUCAACCAGCUCUGCUUCAAUUUUUUUUUAUGUAUUAUCCAUGAUGCUUUGGCUACUAUGGAAUUGGAAAUUCUAAAUUUUAGUUAUGAAUGAGUAAUGCAAUCUCAAUACAUCCA